AUGGUGCAAAUGAUGGCUGGCAGACUUUUGCGCCAGCAGGGCUUUAACUUGCGUCAAUUCGCCUUGACGCAGACACGCAGUUACGCCAUCCCUUCAUUUACUCCCACGUCCUCCUCUCCCGAGCUAGAUGAGGCUCUGGACCGGGUACGCAAAGGCCUUAUUAUUCCCUUCAGUCUCGGCGAGCAGCAGAGGAGGUUAGUCUUCCGGAAGAAGUACGCCCAGCGUCUGGAGGAUAAUCCUGUCGUUUUGAGACUUGGGGGCGCCCAAGAGGAAGAAGAAUACGCCCUGCGGCCGUCGGGGCACCCAGAAGCGAAGAUCACGAAAAAGGAAUCGCUGGCAGUGGUUAGACUCUUCAAAACCCCCGAGGACUGGCAGAAUGCUGCCCCCCUUCUGGCCGGUUUGAAGAAAGCGAGGAUGGUGCUCAAGCAGGAUCAGAGGGAAUGGCUGGUGCGCCGGGCCGCCAUGGCUGGCGCCCUGGGUUCUAUCCUUGAGUGCGCCAAGCAAGCGGAUCGGACAGCGUUUUGGUUAAAUGAGGUCGGUGUGGUACAUCGGAUAUUCUUUGCGCUGCACGUUAUGGCACAGGAGGCAAAUUUCGAGCCUGUAGCGACCAGCAAAGCCCUGAGCCUGGCGAAGCAGACUUCUAGGCUCAUGGAUAUGCCCAGGCAUAGUGUGCGCGACGUGGAGCUGGAUCCCAAACACAGACCGUCCGUGAUCAGUGUGCUGCUGGAGCUCAGCGCGAGCCAGGCCCUGAACAAGUUCGAGGGCCAUGACCAGACCGGAGAUGUGCUCCGGUACGCCGAACGUCUACUCGCCAACUGGAAAUAUGGCAACUUCCGCGGCACGGAGACCGACUGGCCCGCCAUCGACUACAUGUUGCAGCACAAUGUCCUGAUCUACAAUGGCAUGAAGCUCGCGCUCCAGGUCCAGGGGAUCGCAUCGAACAAAUCCGUCAGCUCGAUGCUCAAGAGCCGCGUCAACGAGAUCGGUACAUUGAUCGCCAAACAGACCAAGGAGGUCCCGGCAAAGAUUCAGGAACGACCGAGCAUGGGCUAUAUCCAGAGCAAAGCUUUGUACCCAUGA